AUGGCGGAAAUCGAAUUUGGCAGCAUCCUUUCGUCCAAACCAUGUCGUUUUCUGAUCGGGCCGCAGAAACGAGAAUUCUUCGUCCAUGCGUCACUCGCCGCGAGCCAAUCUCCGGUCAUUGAUUCGCUGGUCAAUGGGUCCAUGAAGGAAGCAACAAGCGGCUGCACUGUGUGGGAAAACGUCGACGAGGACACAUUCGUUCGAUUCGGCCAGUACGUGUACACCAGAAACUACGAAGGCAGUGCUCCGUUUGUUCGCGUGGUACCAGAGCCAACUGCGCAGAAGUUGGACGGAUUGAGCGAGAAUUCCGUCGAACCUGGCCAGCCGGCUGUUCGCACAAACAUCGCUGAAUCCAAUGCCCCCGAACCAUCAGACGACAAUUUCUGGGGAAAUUUCACGAUCUCCUCGUCAAAGGCCAUAAAGAAGGGCAAGAAAAAGAAGGACCGUCUCGCCAACCUGCUCAGUGACUUUGACGAAGAGGUCGAGAACUUGGCACCAGUAGUGCCGUCGCCGCCAACUUCGCCACAAACAAUAAAAACUGCAUGGGACAGUUUCCAAACACAGCGUUCCUACGAAUGCGGCGUCGCUGGUCCUCAUCUCUGCCCCAUCAACAAAGACAGCCAGAGCGAGUACAAGGACGUCUUCCUCUCCCACGCGCGGGUCCACGCAAUGGCAGCCUGCUACGGCAUCGAGGCGCUCGCGCAGCUGGCCCUCCACAAGCUCCACCGGAUCCUGUGCCAGUUUACGCUGCAUGAGGACAGGAUCUGCGACUUGGUGGCCCUGCUGCGCUACUGCUACGAGGCGGACGAGCGGCCGCUGCUGCGCGAGCUCGUGAGCGCCUUUGCCGCGUGCCACGCCAAGCGGCUGUGGACAAGCACCGAGUUUCAGGAGCUCUUUGCCGCGCACGGGGAGCUGUCGAGGGCAGUCAUGGGGAACAUCGUGGAAAGGAUGCAGUAA